AUGUUACCUCUUGCGUUCGGGCCCCUUGGUCAGCCCGGUCUGAGGAUACCACAGAGCAGUCUCCAAGUACUCUAUGACGCUUCUACGCCGAUGAAACAAACUGGCUUGGCGAUAUAUAUUCGCCAUCCAUCAUCCUUGCGCCCUGCGACUGCAAAUUUACUCCGUAUAGGUACACGCCUAUACUUACAAACCGUCGGCCACGCUUUCCACGACACUGAGGUCAUAACUGAUACGGCAGCCUCAACCGCGGAAGAAGAUCUAGUCCUAGACUCGGAUUCUGAAUCAGAUACCGACUAUAGCGAUGAGAUACACAUUGGCAUCACCAGCGCCGCGAGCCAAAGCUUGGAGACAUUCUCCUUCGCAGAUUCAGAUGGGAGCGAAUGCUCUCAUAGCCCUUCUACCGUAUCCAACCUUUCCACACCACGUACCUCAGCCGGUAACUCAUCACAAGAGUGUGAAUUAAACAUGAGCGUACUCACUCGGACCCUAGAAGAAGUCACUCCUUCCGGAUCUCUUGUUCCUGCGCCUCGGAACUUUGCGGUGCGGCAGCCGCUCCAGCCAUCAGAAGCAUCGUUGAAGUCUCUUGGUCGCGUAAUUGAAAUAUCGGAGGCGAACGACUGGGCUUUGAUCGAAAUCACAACCGUAGAGGUCGAGGAUCGAUUGCGUUCGAGUUUGAACAAGGAUGCCCCAAGUUUAGCCUACGAGAGAAUUGCGGUACGACCCCCCGAUGCUGCUAGAGUGUAUACCUGCACAGCUUCGGGACAAAAACUAUUUGGUUACAUUUCCGACGCUUGCUCUUCUACACGCCUCCCGAACGGGAAGUCCUUUCGGGAUAUCUAUGUCGCCAGACUCGAAGAUGGGCUGUCGAACGGAGAUUGCGGCGCAGUGUUCUUCGACGCCAGAACCCAUGAGACCUAUGGACACCUUAUUGCUGGAUGCCAAAGAACUGGUACAGCACACAUCCUAGCAGCACACCAGACUGCGACUGAUCUCGGAAGGAUUCGCAAAAUGCUGAUGGACUUUCCCAUGCCAGUCAGACUUUCACCCAAUACUUUGGAAUCUCUGCCUUCGGAGAUUGAGCUUCAAGACAAUGAAACCCACCCAGAAAUGUCUAAGAAGCUGCCUGUUAUCGACAGGGCUGCAACCACGUUUUCAGAGGCAUAUCACAAGCCGGAGAUCCCCUGGAAAUUUCUGCUCUCUUUCGCGAAACGGUGGGAUGACAAGUUCUCCAAUGACAGGAUACCGGGAGAUACGCCGUAUGUGGACGAGCUCAAGCUUUAUUCUCCCACCAGUGAGGGUAUCUCAUUAUUCCUGGAAGCCUAUGGAGGAGGUACAACGUCUUUCGAUCUAGAGGCGGUGAUUCGGUACUGCCAAGAUACUGUUAUUUCCAAGAUCCGUGAACAAGGCAAGCCGGGCUCCGCAUGGAUGGACGAUCGGACCUAUGUCUCGUACUACCACGCUCCUGUAUCAGCUUUAAUGGCUGCCUCCAACGCGAAUUCUGUACUGGUAGAGCCGGAAGCACCGCCCAUGAACCAAGACACGUCUCGUGCGCUUUACGUGGAGUAUCUAGACCAUGCAUCAGAAAAUGUAGUCCCCCCUAGAGUUGAGAGGGUCUUGAACGCUGGCGAUAGUCCUACUUCAAAUCGCUAUAUCCCGGACUCCCGGCGCUAUCCUGCACCACUAACAGCGGAACUGCUAUUUGAGAAUCUAAGGAAGAAGCGCUACAAGCAUCCCGAUCUUCCGGACUCUGAUAGACGGCUGGUGUUCGUCGCAAAUCCAGAUGGUUACGACAUCCUUGCUGUGACAGAGACUGCACCGCAACAUCUCCAUGAAGCUUUGGGGGGGUUUCUCGAGAGAUAUGUCUCAUUGAGAACCGCCUUGAAGGUCAAACUCUCGGACUGCGGAUUCCCUGCAUACCAAAUCCAGUACCAUCUUCCCCAUUUCGUUUUACGAAAGAAAAAACACCGUUCUAAGAGGCACACUGAGAAAUUGCAGCGGGCUCGUACUGACCUUUCAUUCUUGUCGCAGGCGUUGCCAUCCACAUUCAAUGAAGAACCACUGGAGCUCAUCCAAGCUCAGAUCUCGAUCGUGUUGUGUGGGACAAGCGAGACACGUUAUACGGUCUAUUGUUUCGAAGAUAAUGACCAUGAUGAUGACAGGGAAAUGGGCGAUGACGAGUUCUCCGAAGACGGGUUCCAGACAGACCAGAUCGCAAAGGGUGAAAUUGACGCUAACCAACCAAUCUGGAAUCCUCGACAAUACAUACUUGUGACCUUGCUUGAGAGAAUCACGCAAGUGGCCAAGGAGUGGGCGCGCGUCGUGCAUGUAAUCGACUCCGCUUCUGCUAGAUUCGCGUGCGGCCGAACCACCGCCAGCAAAGGCUGCAAUCCUUUCGACUAUGAGAGCAUUCCCACAACCUCUUCCUGGACUCGGAGUAUGCUUCAGGUACUGCGACAGCUAUUACGCACUAUUCGCGAAACGAUCAAGGCGUGGGAGACUUUCAUAUCCGAUAACGGCGAUAUUGGGUACUUCUCAGAUCUCCUUUCAACACCGGGUAUUUCACCAACACGCACACUGCGCACACUGCAUCAGAUCCAUGGAGCAUUCGACGACCUGAAAAGUUUCCAUGGGAGUUUGUUCAAUAUUCAGGAAGAAUACGAAAAGCUAGAACGUGCACUCGAAGUGCGGAUGAUGGUUGAGACCAACAAACUCACCGAGAUGAUUGUUCUGUUCAUCUGCCCGGUCGUUGUUGUCAGCUCAUUUUUCGCAAUCCCGACUUCUUCCAUUACUUUUCCACGAACCAUGUGGUCUUUCACGGGUGGCGUGAUACUCAUUACGAUAUUUCUGUAUCUUCUUCGUCUCCCUCCAAGAGGAAGGUCCGGCAAUGGUUGGCAGCUACUGGUAAUGGCAUGGUGGAGCAGAAUGAGACGAGGCACCCGCGAAAAUACGACACAAACCGGAUCUGUUCCAAGAGCUAUUCGACAGAGAGCAACUCAUCCUGCAGUCAGAGAGUGA